AUGGACUCCAACUUACUAUACGACGACCAGUUUUUGCAACAGUUGCAGUCUUGCACCAAUAUUGAUGAAGGAUACCGAACAUCCUUGGGUGAAUUAGUAUACAAAUCAUAUUGGCAAAAAAGGUUCAGUGAACCUAUGACGUGGAUUGGGAUCUAUAUUGCAUUCGCAUCUCUGCUGUGCAUCCUUGCAAUGGCGGCUGAUUUAAUACAUGGUCUGAGGCACCGGAAGCUAUGGUUUCCCUGUAAAUAUUUCACUCUGAAUGCUGCUUCUCUCACUGUUAUAGCCGUUGCAAUAAAGGUACCCAUGGAUCUAUCUAAUCAAACGCAGACUUCAAAGCUUGGGAGCCUGGCGUUUAUGUGCAGCAUGAUGGCGAAUUUAUUGCCUUCUCUAGCAACCAUGAACAACAAGGAACUUGUGGCAAACGUCAUAGCUUUGGGUGUUUUGAUAAUCACCUUGGUUGUCAAUGUUUGCAUUCAAAUAAACACCGGAGCUUACUCCUACCGUGUAUACGAGGUUCCGAAGGUUGUUUCCCCAAGCCAUUCACCUAGUGAAACAGGAGACUACGUCUUCAGAGCAAUCAUUAUUGUGGCUGUGUUACUCAUGUUGUUGGUAUUAUAUGCAUGUACCUCUUUAGCAAUUCUAAAGUCGAAACAGAUUUUAGAAUCAAAAUACCAAUCAGUUUUAAAGAAUGAAGACCUGCAACCAGGAGGAAGAUUAACUGUUGAGAAGCUAAAGCAAUAUGUAAGAAAAUACUCGAUCAUGGCAGAAACUGGAAGCCCCCAGUUCAUGACAGCUUGUUCUGCUACAACCACUGCUUCUGGGGUAUUAUGUGCUUUAAGCAGUGUAAUAUGCCAUCUAAAUGCACAUCGCAAACCAGAUCAAAACAUAGUUGAUUCAGAUUACAAGUGGUCAAUACAGGCGAUUCUUAUUAUACAAUAUAUUGGAGCCUGGUUGGGUGCUAUUGCCCCAAUUUCUAGAUGUUUUGCAGCCUUGAGGUUUAAGCUGUCAGUAAAAUGGAUUUGGAACCAUUUCAAGGUGUUUAAAGUUGAGAGCUACUGGAUUCAGAAGUUAUCCGAUUGGAAACACAGUAGCAUACCAUUCUCAUCUCGUAGGCGCAAAUGA